GGAGGCCAGCCAAGCAGCGGCGGCUAGACGACAGAGGUAGUCAGUGUCGACCCGGCCCCCGCACCACCACCACUACUUACAACCACUGCCAUCACCUCUACGCCCACACCACACUGCCUUAGGCUCCCGCUCUGCCACAGCACCUCAGUGCGACGAUACCCCCAGUUGGCACCCUCGAGCUGGCCUACCUGCGGGGCAAUCUACAUGGUGUAGAGCAGUGGUGUAGACGCGUCUUGUAGCUAUAGCACUGCCCGGGGACCUACCCAGGCCGCUCCGACCCUCCACCCAUCCCAUCUACAAAACACUUCUCCUAAAGGUGAACCUUCUCCGCCGCCAAGAUGAUCAUCGGUCUUGUUCGAGAUUCCUUCCUCCGCUGCUUCUGUCAGACCUGCUCCGUCAACUCUGCUCUUCCAGGCCGGUAUCAUAAGAAACCCAUCAAGAAGGGCCAGAAGAAACCCAAGUGCAAACAGCCCAAGAAGUGCAGGAAGUAUGUUGCCACCGAGAUCAGGUGUGAGGAGAAGUCCCGAGGUGGUAUGUGCUAUGAGGUCAUCCUUGCCGAGCCAUCUGCUGACAAGCCUGCAACUGCAUUAACGUCUCCCCGACCCAAGAGUAUGACUGCUGAGGAAAUUUCUCAGAAGCUUAUGCAAGCUGAAGAACGUAGGAAGUCAGUGGAGGCCUCCCGCCUUGCAAGUGUUGGAGAGCGCAUGACCCGCCUGGAGGAAGCUAGCCGUAAGAGAGAACAGUCCACUGCAGAUUUCAUUUCUGCUACUCAAACUGCUCUGGAAGACAAGCUAGACACUACUUCCAAUAACCGUGAGGCUUACCUUAAUGGACUGCGUGCCAAGAUUUCUGAUCACCUGAACAAUGUUGAUGGUGUCCGUAAGCAGUUGGAAACUCAGACAAAUGAAUUGCGCCAAACCAUUCAGGACAAGCUUCGCUCAGCUGAAGAAAACCGAAUUGAGAACAUGGGCAAGAUGCUGGAGAAGCUGAAGGAUCAUGAGGAAUAUGCUCAGAAGGUUCGCCUAGGUCAUGAAGAAGCCAUUCGGCAGCUGGAGGAGAGGAUUCAGGCCAAGUUGGUGGUUGCAGAGGCAAAACGCGAGACAGAGAUAAUGAAGAAACUUGAAACCCUUCGGGAACAUUCUAAUAAAAUCAGUGAAGCACAAGAACUGGUCUCAAAGAAAAAUGAAGAAAUUAUGAAACAGAGAGAGCAAGAAGUCGCUGCAAAAGAAGAGCGUCUUCGCAAAAUUUCUGAGGAGAAAGAAGCAAAACGGCUAGAGAUCUUAAAGAUCACCACAGAAAAGUUGGAACUUGCCCAAGUAAACCGCAGCAAGGAAGAAGAGGAAUUAAAAAAGAAGACUGCAGAAAGGUUGGAGCAAAAGCUUGAAAUUGCAGAUAAAAAUCGAAUGGAGUUGGCAGAAAGGGCAAAAAAGGCUAAGGAAGAAAGUGAUCGUAGAGCCGAGCUGGUUCGUGCUAACAAGGAACGACUUAUGGCUGCUGAGAAGCAUGAUACUGCCUCAUCUGGUUAAGUCCCUUCCUUAAACCUCGCUAACCCUCUCACCCACCCACCCAUUCGGCCCAAGGAACCCACUAGGCUACUGUAUUGAUGAUCAUUCACUAAGGAGCCUACAAGCAAAGAUUAUCAUCCUAGUAGGGUCAGAUCUGAAUUGCAGGCCAACAGGCUAAAGAAGACAGCACGCCUUCAUGAACAAGUCAAGCUUUGGCCAAUUAUACCAUUAAUCUGUCCCUGCCCAUCCAUUCACAAUCCUAGUGUUGCCCAUUUUGAAUAGAUAUUAGGACAGUGGGUCAUUAGAAGACUCUCUUUUGUUUGUUUUUCUCUCAUGGCUCAGAAGUUGAGCAAGUGAAAUCCUCAAGUCUCGCCCUCGGGGGCGAAUGUUGGUUAGUAUCGUCUUCAGAUUUCUCGCAGAUUUGAUGUUCCCCUUGAAGCUAAUCGCCCCAAAUCUAAUUUGCCUUCUGAUGUAGAUUCCUAAUGAAUCUGCUAUAAUGCCACAUGCAGUGAUGUUAGCUUGUACAUGAUGCCUAUGCUCAGCUUGAACAUUAAUGUCUCAAUAUUUACUGCUGGGUUACGAGUGAUAGGUAACAUUAAGGUUAAUGAAUACUUAGAAGAUAAUGCCUCUUACUGCCAAUUUUAUAAUUUGGGUCUGUCUGUCACAUGUUUCUGAUAAUUUUAUUGACAGUGCACUGACCAACAGAAGUAGGCAUUAAUGAUGUAGAGAAUAUAGAUUAUUAAGAUUCAUAAACUCCAAUGUUGUGUAGGGUGCUGGAUGAGUGGGUGAACAUGGUGAACGGAGGUCCUUAGUUAUUUUAACCUCAUAACAAUGCAGUAGUUGUCCCAGGAUAAGAGAUACCCCCUUCCCCUCCUUUACCCAAUAAACUUCUUCCCAAAACCUGUCCAUACUGCCUUCUGCUGUCUCGUGUUUUGCGGCAAUCACAUCCUUAGCGCCUCCUGCAAUAGUUACAUUACUGUACAUCAGUGUCCUUGACUUCCCAACUGUUUCCAAUAUCCAGUGAUAUUCUCAAUUAAACAUUUAACAUUAAGAGUCUUGUGAUCUGUCUUUAGUUUUUAAGGAUUUUUCUAGCCUAGAUUGAAACUGAAAGCCUGUAUUCUAAGACUGCCUUGUAUCACUAGGAAUACAGAUUUUGGUUUUCAUCUUUGUACAUUAUGUAAAAAUAUUUUAGUUAGUUCAAAGGAAUCAAAUUUGAAUGCUUUAGCAACCAUUGACAUUUUGAUUUGGAUUUUAAUAUAAGGAAUGUAUGUAGUGUAAGGUUUGUGCUAGUUGACAGCACCAAUAAUACUGUAUGCUUAUCAAAGUACUGAUGUCCUAAUCUAAUAAUAGUUCCAGUGCUGAUUUUUUUUUUCCAUAAUUAGUGUGAAUAUCCAAAUAUAGAAAAUUUUGCUAUGUGGGAAUCUCUUCUGUUGAUUUAUGUUUACAGUAAAUUUUGAUUAUUCAAACUCACUUGAGUCAUCACAAGACCUAGAUGUAUGACAACCUGGUCAUUGUAUUAAGAUUAUAUUGAUAGCUGAGCAGCAACAUAGAGAAAUACUAGUUUUUUAUUAUGGAAUUGUCAUGUUCAGUGCCACUUGUUAAGAAGAACCAAAAAGAGUUGAUACUUUUUAAAAUAAUAUCCAGACUAGGAGCACUUGAAGCUUCUCGGUUCAUUCUAGACCAGCUCCGUGUCCAGUUGUUCUUUAGGGCUUUACUGGUGAAAGAUAAAAGAGCAAACUAGGUGAAAAUAGAAAAUGACAAAAUAAGAUUAAUUUGAUUCUCCACUGCAGUCAUCAUCUUUACAGAACAUUUUAUUUUUGAUUGGAGCAUUAUAUGUAGUGUAUUUCCUAGUUAUCCCAAAAUUUUGAUGUUGAUAAUUGAUGUUUACUUUUUUCUGUACAAGGUUGUGCCUAAUUCUUUACGUUUUAGUGAAAUACAGUAUGGGCAAUCUCUCCUCCUGAAAUUGAGACAAAGGCAUCUCAAUGUUUAGGUAUCCUACAGGGACUUCUGGGAAAAUAUUUUUUUUUUUUUUGAAAGGGUCAACUUAAUAGUAACACUUUCGUGCAGAUUUUGCUCCCCUGCACAGACAAAAUUUCAUUAUUUUUUUUGGCUUUCAUUGUUUUGGUGUUUGUUUAUGCUUAGGAAACCUUUAUUUAUAGCUCUUCUUCUAGCAAAGCAUAUAAAAGGCACUUGUAAAUGUGGAAAAGUUUAAUGAGGAUUAAGGCUAAUUUUUAUAUUUGACAUUUGCCUCGUUUGAAUAAAGUGCCAUUUAAUUUUGCCGUGACUUUAAUUGAAUGUCUAUUUUUGCAUACCAAUGUUUGUAUCUGUGUUUGUGCAUUUGCAGUACAUUCCACAUUAUAGUGCUUAAUAAAUGGUAGUCCAAAUUACACAA